GCGCAUGCGCGGAUUAGCAACAGCGUUUUAGGAGCCAGCAAGUAGUUUUAACUAAGGAUAAUUGCUUAGUUUUGUAUUGUAACAAGUGCUCUGCAAUCCUAACAACAUUUAGUACAAAUAAACGACAAGUUUUCUUAAUUCUGUACUGAAUUAAACAUUUAAAUCCUUGGCACUCGGAAAGAACCAAUCGUAGACAUUUCCUGAGUCUACUUCUUCUACGCCUACUGAUACCGUUCGCUUAAACAUCGAACUUCGAGGAGCACUUAUAAACGCAGUUUUAUGGACUUUAAGAACUGAUUUGCUUAUAUUACUGGUUUGUUUUGACUUUUAAACGUUUCUAUUUUGAAGAUUAAGGACAAGCGGAGAUGAGUUUCUUAUUCGGAAACCGUUCAUCGAAGACAUUCAAGCCGAAGAAAAACAUCCCAGAGGGCUCUCAUCAGUAUGAGCUGCUCAAACACGCAGAAGCCACUCUGGGAAGCGGAAAUCUGCGAGCCGCGGUGAUGCUGCCCGAGGGAGAAGACCUCAAUGAGUGGAUCGCUGUCAACACGGUGGACUUUUUCAACCAGAUCAACAUGCUGUAUGGCACAAUCACUGAGUUUUGCACAGAAGUCAAGUGCUCCGUAAUGUCAGCAGGGCCCAGGUAUGAGUACCACUGGGCAGACGGCACCAACAUCAAAAAACCCAUCAAGUGUUCUGCCCCGAAAUACAUCGACUACUUGAUGACCUGGGUUCAGGAUCAGCUGGAUGACGAAACUCUCUUCCCGUCUAAGAUCGGUGUCCCUUUCCCCAAGAACUUCAUGUCAGUGGCUAAAACGAUCCUGAAGCGUCUGUUCAGAGUUUACGCUCACAUCUACCACCAGCAUUUCGACUCGGUCAUACAGCUCCAGGAGGAGGCUCAUCUUAACACCUCCUUCAAGCAUUUUAUCUUCUUUGUACAGGAGUUCAAUCUUAUCGACCGCAGAGAGCUGGCACCCCUGCAGGACCUCAUUGAGAAACUGGGCAGCAAGGAUAGAUAGACAUUGCAGUUAAUACCACAUUGCUCAGCCUUAAUACAGUCAUGUUUCUUCUGUUCUCGUUUUGGGACCUGAAAGUGCCGUUUCUGCACUCUGAUUGUCUUUGCAAUAUCUCAGCUGUGCUUCCUCAAAGCUUGUAGAAGGAGACUUUGUGAAAUCUGUGUGUGUGUGUUUCUCUUUUUGUCAGUUUUCGUUGUCAGUAUUACACUGUAAUCUUUUGACAUGUAUUGCUGGUGGAUUAGGAUAUGAAACCUAUGUCAGAGUUUGUUUUUUAUGAAAGUAAAACUAAAAUAGGCUAUUUUUAGUCUCGUCCUUUUAUAAUGUUUGGAAGUAAAGGAUUUGGGGGAAAUGUCAAUAUUAAUUUUGUUAUUAUUGUUUUGUAAGUUGAGACAAAUGUCAUUUUAUGUCUUCCUUUCUCUGUGAACGCAUAUUCAAUAAUGAAGAUUAUUACAAUGCCCCCCCACCCAUGUAGUAGAUAAAUCUACUCUUAAAGCAAUAUCUAGAGCACAAUGGAAACAUCUGGUGUGUUUUAUUUGUAGUUAAAAAAUAAAUUUUAGAAUGGAUUUUUACAA